AUGGAAAUGUUCCUAAACAAUGACGAAUCACUGAACAAAUCAAAUCAAAUCAAAAUUAUGGAUUUAAUGCUUGAUUUAGUGGACAAGAUUAGCGAGAAUGGAAGAAACAUCUAUGAAUCAAAUCAAAUCAAUCAAACUAUACUCGAAAUUGAUUUCGAUCGAACUUUAUCGAAUGAAGGAAAUAGAUUGACAUUUCGAAGAUUUGGAAUAUCUAAAUACUAUCAAUAUUCAAUAUUCAGAAAUACUUUCUAA